GCUAUUAAAAAAGACAAAUAAAUAAAUAAAAUAAAAAAUAGAAAAAAAAAGGAAAAUUGAAAAUUCUGAAACUGAGCUCUGACCAAAUUCCGUACCCUCAAUUUCUCAACAGAUCUCACCUUGAGCUCAGCACCGGAAAAAAAAUGUGGCGGGAUUCGCCACAGGCGUAGCGUAGGAUUUAAGCCGACACGGCGGCGUUUCGAAUUGAGGCCGGCGAGUUCCUAAAAAUGGACGUCGAGAGAUCGUCGCUCUGCAAUUGCGUGGUUAAUUUCUUACUGGAGGAGAAUUACUUGUUAUCGGCGUUCGAGCUUCUCCACGAGCUCCUCGACGAUGGCCGCGACAAUCAGGCUAUUCGCCUCAAACAAUUCUUCUCCGAUCCGACUCAUUUUCCUCCCGAUCAGAUCUCCCGCUUCAACUCUCUACGAGUGGCAGACCCUCAGAGUCUGUUUGAAGAAAAGGAAUCUUUGGAAGAGAAAUUGGCUGUCCGUGAAUAUGAGCUGCGUUUAGCUCAGGAAGACAUUCUCAACCUCAAGGCUGAGCUGCUUAAGAAAACCGAGAGCAAUGUCGAAGAAUCAACUGGGCUAAAUGCUGUUACCAAUGCAAAUAAUGGACCAGUUGUUCAACCUUUAAAGCGGGAGGACAUAUCUUUUUCGGAUUUGGGUCCUCUGAAGGACAAUGAACGAUUGGAUAUCAACUGUGCAGUGAAGGAGUAUCUACUACUAGCAGGAUACCGUUUAACUGCAAUGACAUUUUAUGAGGAGGUCACUGACCAGAACUUGGAUGUAUGGGAAAAUUCAUCUGCAUGUGUACCAGAUGCGUUGCGACAUUACUAUUACCAAUUUCUUUCUUCCACUGCAGAAGCCGCUGAGGAGAAAAUAGCAAUGCAGCGGCAAAAUGAGUCUUUAUUAAAAGAAACUGACAGACUGAAAAGUAACGGACAAUCCUUGAUUAAAAGCAAAGAAAUCUCAGAAGCACAAGUCAUUGCACUGACAAGAUCUUUGGAGGUGCUUCAGAAAGAUAUUAAGGACAAAGAAAAGAUGGUCCAAGGUUUGAAGAAGACAUUAGAAAGCGAAAGAAAAAAUCUAAAUGAUUGUAGAGCUGAAAUAACUUCACUGAAAAUGCAUAUUGAAGGUUCUCGAUCUGGAAAAAUUGUUUUUCCAACAGAUUCUGCACUUGUGCAAGAAAAUGGGGAUAUAAGAGAUCUUUCAGAGGAAGUGGAUAUGUUGAAAGCCAAAACUAGUGAGUCAGUGAAGAGAGAGGAAGGGAAUGAAGGGGAAAUAGACGAAGUUGAAGAGUCACAAGUAAAUGAUGAUGCAUCGUCAUUAGUUGUUGGUUCAUUGGCCGAUCUAGUGACUGCAGAUUCUGGGAUCAUGGAGAAACAGCUUUCCAGUGAUACAACCAGCAUAUCUGAGAAAGUGCCAGAAGACUUGCUAACUUCUUUGAGUGUAAUUGGGUUUGCUGUGAGUGAGAAUCUUUACAAGGACAAUGGAAAACCUUCUCCAGAUUCUGAUAGCCUAAUUAUAAAGUCGGACAUUCUUAAUGCUGAGUUAAAUACUGAAAAGAUGGGUGUCGGAACAAUUCAGAUACUUUCAGAUGCACUUCCUAAAAUUGUACCUUAUGUUCUAAUCAAUCAUCGAGAGGAGCUCCUUCCUCUAAUUAUGUGUGCAAUUGAGCGCCAUCCUGAUGGUGCCACUCGAGAUUCAUUAACCCACACAUUGUUUAAUCUAAUAAAGCGCCCAGAUGAAAAGCAGAGACGAAUUAUAAUGGAUGCUUGUGUAACUCUUGCAAAAAAUGUAGGAGAGUUGAGAACAGAAACAGAAUUGCUGCCCCAGUGUUGGGAACAAGUUAAUCACAUGUACGAGGAGCGUAGGCUGCUUGUUGCUCAAUCAUGCGGCGAGCUUGCAGAAUUCGUCAGGCCGGAGAUACGCGAUUCACUUAUAUUGUCCAUUGUGCAGCAGCUCAUUGAGGAUUCUGCUACAGUUGUGAGGGAGGCUGCUGCUCAUAACCUGGCUUUGUUGCUCGCUCUCUUCCCAAAUACGGACAAAUAUUUCAAGGUUGAGGAGAUGAUGUUUCAAUUGGUUUGUGAUCCCUCUGGUGUAGUCGGUGAAACUACAAUGAAGGAUUUGAUUCCUGCUCUAUUGAAUUGGGGAAACAAGUUGGAUCAUAUUCUACAAGUUCUGCUCUCACAUGUCGUGGGGUCUGUUCAGCGUUGUCCACCCCUUUCAGGGGUUGAAGGUUCCGUUGAGUCACAUCUUCAUGUUUUAGGUGAAAGAGAACGUUGGAAUGUUGAUGUUCUUUUGCGUCUGCUUGCUGCACUGCUUUCAUUUGUGCACCAGAAAGCUGUUGAGACUUGUCCAUUUUCCUCGUUAGACUCUACUCGAAUACCUCUGUCGUUGCUUGAACAAUAUGCAGGGGAGGAUAUGGAAUGGCCUGCCUUUGAGUGGUUGCACAUUGAGUGCUUCCCUACUUUGAUUCAAUUGUCCUCUUUAUUGCCUCAGAAGGAAGACAAUUUAAGAAACCGUGUAACAAAGUUUUUGCUAGCGGUGGCUGACCUAUUUGGGGAAGCAUAUUUGACACACAUCAUGCUGCCGGUGUUUUCAGUAGCUGUCGGAGAAAAUGCUGAUUUCAAAUUCUUCCCAUUCAAAGCCCAGUCAAAGAUUCGAGGUUUGAGGCCUCAAUCUAUAGUGGCUCAGAGGCUUGCUACAAUGUGUGUCCUUCCACUUCUCCUAGCAGGCAUAUUAGGACACCCAAGCAAGCGUGAGAACUUGAUGGAAUACUUGAGGAAUCUGCUGAUUCAAAAUGCUGGACAGGACAGUCAGUCAGCAAAACAUGAGAUUAUUGGUUGCGUCCGCUUUAUAUGUACAUACGAGGAAAACCACAACAUUAUAUUUAACAUCCUGUGGGAAAUGAUUGCGAGUUCUGAUGUAAAUUUGCAAAUCAACGCUGCCAACAUUCUGAAAGUCAUCGUACCAUAUGUUGAUGCAAAGGUUGCCUCAGCUCACGUUUUACCCGCUCUCGUGACUCUUGGCUCUGACCAAAACCUGAACGUAAAAUACGCAAGCAUCGAUGCUUUUGGUGCUAUAGCUCAACAUUUUAAGAAUGAAAUGAUCGUUGACAAGAUACGCAUUCAGAUGGAUGCCUUUCUCGAAGAUGGAUCGCAUGAAGCUACAAUUGCUGUGGUUCGGGCAUUGUUGGUAGCUGUGCCACAUACAACCGAUAAGCUGCGAGAUUAUCUCAUGUCGAAGAUUUUUCAUUUCACUUCAUCGGCAUCCCCAAGUGAUAUAACACGUCGGAGAGAAAGAGCUAAUGCUUUCUGUGAAUCAAUUCGUGCACUUGACGCAACAGACCUUCCAGCAUCCAGCGUAAGAGAUUUCCUCAUCCCAGAAAUACAAAAUCUAUUGAAAGACAGCGAUGCACUCGAUCCAGCUCAAAAAGAAGCACUAGAAAUAAUAAUUAAAGAAAGAUCGGGUGGAGCAUUUGAUGCUAUUAGUAAGGUGAUGGGUGCCCAUCUCGGAAUUGCCUCUUCGGUUAGCAGCUUUUUCGGUGAAAGGAAAAAGGAGAGCGGAGAUUCACCUUCAGAGGCGGUUGUUUCCCCCAAAGCCGCUGCACAACCGCCAGUGGAGGACACCAGAUUUAGACGGAUAAUGAGGGGCGGCUUCUCUGAUAUGCUCCGUGGCAGAAAUAAGAGCAGUGAGGAAGUUCAACCAAGUGAAUGAUUGAACCGAGAGUUUUUGUUUUCGUCCCAAAAAAAAAACACGAAAAACCACCAUACGUAUAACGCACUAUUUAUUUUUUUUCCCUCCAUAAAAAUAUUUGAAUGUUCGGUUUUGUUUAUUAGAUAAUGUGUAUUAGUCUUUUAUUUUACCAAUAAUUACCAUGUGCCGAUUAAUUAUCAAGAGAGAGCUUAUAUUU